AUGUCGAGAAUCCCCUCACUAUCAACACUACUAUCCCGUCGUUCAAAUCCAGCUAUAAUACCAAUAGCACCUACACGAUCAGGAAACAAUAAACCGAAAUCAUUACAAAAGACCAAAAGAACUUUCAAACCUAAUUUAACAAGGGUGGAUUGGCCAGUUACAUUACUUGGUGAACCUGUUGGACGGGGAGAUGCUUUACCUAAACUGCGUGGUGUCAAAACUCAAAUGAGAAGAGUUAGGGACGUUGAAAAAGCUGGUGGAAUAGAAGGUUUGUUGCUCUCACGUCAAUCAAAAGAUCUGACUCCAUUCGGAGCAUAUCUGCGUUCACAAGUAUUCAGUCAAUUACACCGUAUCAAAAUCGAUCUGGAAGCUGAAAAGGCAGCUAGGAGGGCUGCGGGUGGUAAAUUACCUCUGGAUGGGGUUGAUGCAGGUAGUAUAGCUGAGGAGAACGCAAAUCGUGAUUUACCAUUAUUGGAGGGAAGAUAG